AUGGCCUCGCCUUACUCUUCUAUAUCCAGUGCUACUGGUGGACCUCCUCACUCUCCUGCUGCGACUUCACAGUCAACCUCCAGCCAUCGGGAGAUAUACGAAAACGAACGGACAAGAAUUCAACAAUCUUGUUUUAGUAGAGCUGAUGCUGACGGCCAAUUGCUAGAAUGUUACAUUACUCAUGUUAGGGUUAUCGAAGAUGCUGUCCAUCCGUCUGCUCCACCGCCACCUAAUUACCAGCCGGGCCCCGAUGCUCGUAAGAAUCGUGUUAUCAUUGUUGCCGUUCGGAAAUCCGGCCGUGUUCGAUUGCAUAAGGCUCGCGAGAACAACACUGGAUCUUUCAGCAUCGGGAAGUCAUGGUAUCUUGACGAUCUGACACAUAUUGAGAAUGACCCCGGGUGUACAGGAUUCACUGCGACUAUUGGCAAGCCGUACUAUUGGCAAACCAGAACUUCGCGGGAGAAGGAGGCCUUUGUCGCUUCAUUGUUCCGUAUAUUUAAGAAGUAUACGGGUGGGAAGUCUCCCGUCCUCGUUGGGUUCGAUUCGAUAACAUCAUUGUCUGGAGAAGGAAGGCCGAGCACUGGAAAUUCCGAUAUUUUUCAAGGAGAACAGCUGAACGGGCACUCCCAUAGUCCGGCUGUAACUCCUACUAUUCCGACACCUGCUUCUCAUGCUGAACAUUCAAGACAGUUAUCCAGUGUUUCGAGCCACGGCUCCCGGCCCUCGAUCACCACCGAAACAGAGCCAGGAAGGCCAGAACUACAAACUAGGCUAUCUGACACAUUGGCGAAUCCUCGGAUGCAACGGAGACCGACAAACGAAUCUACAAGGCAACCGAUAUCUCCUGUAGUUUACGAAUCUAAGCAUUCUUUCCCCGAGACCGAAUUAAGGCCUGAAGAACAGUCGAUUGCACCCCCACCAGAACCUGCCGCGGAUACAGUUACAGGUAGUAAUGGCUUUCUACAUCAACCGAACCAACAAAAGUCUAGUGGGGGCUUGCCAACCUCUCCGAGGGGGGUUCAGAGGGGUGGGCUCCCAACGUCACCGAAAACUAGCCAAAUGCAACCAAUUCAAACCAAUUUGGAUCCACAGCGAGGCCCUACGCCGCAGGCAAUAUCUCCCCAAGCGACUUCUCCCCAAGCGCCUUCUCCGCAGGCUACAACACCACAUGGACCGGCCGCACUUCCUUCGACUUCUGCUCCGAUAAUAUCACUUCCCCAGGGGCCAAGGCUUGGUUUAGCAAACAAAGGUUCAUCCAAAGAUAUAGCUGCUCGGUUCAAACUUGCCGCGGAUGCGUAUGCCGCUGGCGGUGCCCUAUCCAAGGGGAAUAACAAAACACGAGGAAUCCCUAGCCCUACACCUCCGGUUAGCGCAGCCGCGGUGGCAGCCGCGAUACCUUCGGAGGCUGACCGGGUUAGAGACUUGAAAAGUGAGAACACAAAUACCUUGAAAGUUGGAGUCAGCAUCUCCAAAGAGGAUCUACUUCGGGGGAAGAUGAGUGGUCAUCAAGAUUCCAUACCAGAGAAGUCAUCGAGGCGACCGGAAUCACCCGCAAUGCAAAACCUCCCCGACUCGAAGAAAGCAUCGAUCUCAAGCGCUUCCGAAGGGCCAUCAGAACGUGCUGCCUCGCGACAGGACUCCCGUCCUAUCCCAUCGAUUGACAUAUCCGGUACGCCGGAUUCAACCGCUAUCCGCCAAGAACUAUUUCGUGAUGCCGCACCUACGGUAUCUAAGACAGUCAUUUUGGAUGUGUCGGAUAAGGAUGAAGGCGAGACUACGGGUGCCACGGAGGAGAAGCCCCUUGGGAAAUCAUCUCUGCUUUCCGCCCGCCAUAAACGACGCCGCUCGGCAGCCUCGAACAGUGCAAGGAGCAAAUACAUGACACAGAUCGAUUUUACCAAUAUGACAGUCGAUAUAGAUGCAGUAUUAGAGGAAUUUGGCUGGGAUGGUAGGAAUAUGAAAAUCGACGCCCUGGAGUCCGAAGUUCGUCAGGAGCUCGCGAAGGUGGAGAGCGGGAAUAUUUGGAUUGCAACGGAUGACGAAAACAAAGCUGCAAAUACGACAAAAAUUGAAGAGCUUGCACAACAAUUAGAUGAGACUCUAGCACAGUGUGAUGAGCUAGACGGUCUACUUACUCUAUACGCAGUUGAAUUAAUGAGUUUGCAAGAUGAUAUUGCUUACAUCGAAAACCAAUCACAAGGUCUCCAAGUUCAAACGGCCAAUCAAAAGACACUUCAAAAGGAGCUUGAAGUUUUACUUCAGACGGUCAGCAUCUCUCCAGAGGAGAUCGAGACCCUUCAGAACUCCAAGGUUCAGGCUGAGCAUCUACCAGAUAUCGAAAGUUCGUUGUGCGUUUUGUACAAAGCCAUCAUUACAAUUGAUCCGACAGUUGGAACGGCAGCUGGGGCGAAACCUACACCAGCAGAGCCUGACCUUGAAGACAUUGCCCUAGGAGAAGCAGGAAUGGGAAAAAUGAUGGCUUUGAAGGAUAAGAAGGACAAAUACGUUGAUGACAGUAGGAUGUUUGCCAGACGCCUCAUUGAGUACAUGAAAAUCAAAUACCGACAAGACUUAAUGACGCUUGUUAAGCCACUAGAUGGGUCUGCACCGGUAGGGAGGGGUCGUUCAGCCGGAAGGCCAAAGGCUCUAACCCACAUCGAUGUCUAUUAUUCGUUAUACAAAUUUGCAGGCCUUAUUCUGUUCACCCGAGAUAUUGAUCGGAGUAGCUAUCUCACAUUAGUUCGAGAAUAUGCUGUGGCUGUCAAGGAUCAGUUCACCGAAGAGAUAGGGAAUAAUAUAUGGGGAUGGAAGGGCAUAAUGAGGAAACCAACGGCCGAAGAUCAAGAAAUAUUAUUCACCCACGCCGAGAAAGAGUCAGAAAGCAGCUCCGUUCGAGGGCUUGGAGUGAUGAGAUCCGCAACUCGUGCCAAACCGUUCCGAUCCCAGAACAACGACACUAGCGCUAGGGCCACCGCAGAAAGGGCGCAAGACGGAAAAUUACUCGGGAGCGAGUGUUUUGCUGGUUUCCUCGAUGACAUAAUACCCCUCGUGGCAGCAGAGCAAAAUUUCCUCUCUGAAUUCUUUCAUAUGUCCUCUAACUCGGCAUCUAACUAUCUUGAGUUUGUCCAAAGUGGACACCCGGACGAUAGACGGCCUAGUGAUAUCAACCGGAGGCGAGUACCGGAGCAGGAUAAACAGGUCGCAAAGAGGUUGUAUGAGACGAUGACAGAUGUUUUCGGGUUCCUAGUUGCUGAGAUGCAGUCCUUCGUGGCUGUUAUUACAUCGAAUGACCCAUUGCAAGGAGUCGGCGUUGUAUAUGCCAUAGAAAAGAAACUAAGUUUGUUUAGAGAGGGCACCAACCAAGAGUUCCUCGUCAAAUGCCUCCUCAAAUUAAGUGAAAACAUGAAAAGUGCAUUCAUUGCAUUUUUGAAGGAGCAAGUGCGUGCAAUCGAAGCUACAAAGGUCAAGUCUAAGAAGAAACGAACCGUCCUAGACUUUAUCAAGUCAUUCCCGCAAUUUUCGGCCAAAAUUGAGGACCAACUACCACCAGAGCAACUCACAGACGAGAGUUUGGAAGUUCGAGAACUGGUCAAUAAUGGCUACGGCAUUCUGAAUAGGGCGAUGUUUGAAGCAAUGCAAGCGAUAGCAAAGCAAUCAUCCUCCGGAGGUGCCCAAACAGUGGACCCGGAAGACAAAGAAGCUCUCCAUUACCAUAUCAUGAUAAUACAAAAUAUGGACUACUAUACGGAGGCGCUUGAUGUUCGGAACAAUUCAGUCCUGCAGGACUCGAAGCAGAAGGCAGAGGAGGAGUACAAAGAACACAUGGCUUUGUAUGUGAGCGCUGCAAUUCGAAAGCACUUGGAGAAAACACUGGAUUUUGUGGAAGGGGUUGAGGCGCUUGAACAAACGUCGACGCCUGAAGAGAUUUUGGGUAAGAAAGGGUUCACAAAAUUGAAGUUUAAAGAAAUCCUCAACGACAACCAAAAGGAAAUAUCUGGCAGCCAUGUUAGAGAUGGCAUCAAGCAGCUUGUUAAACGCGUAACAAAGCAGUUUGGGGACGAAGGGCACCUUGAUCCGCUUUCGGUGAGGGUUUUGAAAGAGGCAGAAAACGAAUAUUUGAGGCUGGUCAACCGAAUGAACAGUCUGUUGCAGGGAACAUACCGCGACCAAGGCUUGGAAAUGCCGUUGAAGAGAGAGGACGUUAUCGCCGCGUUUGCGAAGCAGAUGAGCGCUAAAUAG